GUGAAACUUUCCGGCUCGAAAAACACAUUUUCCUGGAAACCCAAGAGAGAAAAAGAAACAAACCAAACCGAAAAUAAAUCCGAAAAAUUAAAAUAAAAUAGGAGAUUUUAACCAAACAAAUUGUCUAGUUACAUCUUUGAAUCAAUUUGAAAACAGAAUUUAAGACAAAACAGAAAAAAAGAAAAAGAGAAACGGUUAGCUGCUCCGGAAAUGGCGGACGCUUUUUGUUCGGACUGCAAGCGGCACACGGAGGUGGUUUUCGACCACUCGGCCGGAGAUACGGUGUGUUCGGAGUGCGGGUUAGUGUUGGAGUCGCACUCGAUCGACGAGACGUCGGAGUGGAGAACCUUCGCCAACGAGUCGGGCGAUAAUGAUCCUGUCCGUGUCGGUGGUCCCACCAACCCGCUUUUGGCGGAUGGCGGCUUAUCCACCGUUAUUGCUAAGCCUAACGGUGCUUCUGGAGAAUUCCUCUCGUCUUCGUUGGGUCGGUGGCAGAAUCGUGGUUCGAAUCCGGAUCGCGGGUUGAUUCUUGCUUUUAAGACUAUUGCUACCAUGUCUGAUAGGUUGGGUCUUGUUGCAACUAUCAAGGAUCGAGCCAAUGAGAUAUAUAAGAAGGUGGAAGAUCAGAAGUCUAGUAGAGGAAGAAAUCAGGACGCGUUGUUGGCUGCUUGCCUAUACAUUGCUUGUCGACAAGAGGAUAAGCCACGCACAGUCAAGGAAAUUUGCUCUGUCGCCAAUGGAGCCACAAAGAAAGAAAUUGGCCGAGCAAAAGAAUACAUAGUGAAACAACUGGGAUUGGAGACUGGUCAGUCUGUGGAGAUGGGAACUAUACAUGCUGGUGAUUUCAUGAGACGAUUUUGUUCCAAUCUUGGUAUGAAUAAUCAAGCAGUUAAAGCUGCCCAAGAAGCAGUUCAGAAGUCAGAGGAGUUUGAUAUAAGGCGAAGCCCUAUAUCAAUUGCAGCAGCAGUUAUUUACAUCAUAACGCAGCUUUCAGAUGAUAAGAAACCUCUAAGAGAUAUUUCAGUUGCUACUGGAGUUGCGGAAGGGACAAUCCGAAAUUCAUACAAGGAUCUUUAUCCCCAUGUGUCAAAGAUAAUACCAAACUGGUAUGCCAAGGGAGAAGAUCUCAAGAAUCUAUGCAGUCCUUGAAGUGCAGAAGAGACAAUACUGGGAAUACAAGAAAGCCUCAAAUUGGCUGAGCUCUCUCUCGCUCUUUAGAUGUAUUGGAACUCUUGGAUUCUUUCUUUCUGUUUUUUGUUCUUGGUUCUUUCUUUUUCCGUAUCAUUUUUCCUGCAUAACUCCACCCUUAAAGGUAGAGACACAAGGGGAAGGGAGGAAAUGUGGAAAAGGAGGCCGACGGUAUUUACUGAUCAACUUUAAUCAAUGUUUGAACCUACAGCCAAAUUUUUCGAGGGAUUGUUGAUAUACAAUUGCAACUUAUACAAAAGUUUGUGUCGUCA